AUGGAAUCUAAAUCAAAUUACAACAAUCCAUAAACUUAGUUAGACAAUGAAGGAUCAUUCAUUGAUAAAAUAAUAUUAGAAAUUAAAUAGCUAAUAUUCAAAAUUGUAACAGAGAUGUUAAAAAUUGAAUCUCAAUCAGUUGUAUUUUAGCUACUGAUGAGACUCAUAUAAUAUAUGUAAUUGAAUGCUAUAUUAUUUAAUCGAUAAAUCUGGAAAAUAUGGUAAGUAACAUAUGUGUCAUAACCAUUGCAUACUUUUUUCAAGUAUUUAUAUUGUUGAUAUUAGUUACUUUAUGAUUACACCCUAUUUUAAUGAAGACAGUUUCUAGUAUUUUGUAGUAAUCAUGUAUGUUUGCUUAUCAUUAUUCUUGAUAACACUCAUGCUUAUCUGCUUAAUUGGUUUUUAUUCAAAUAAAUAAAACCAAAGUUUUACAUGGGCUAUGACAAUUCUUUAAAUCCUUAUUGGAUUUUUUUUAUCAAUAUUAUUUCUACCUUUUGUUGAUGUUUUCUUAGCUACGAUAGCUUGUUAUGAUGAUAGUAAAGGUUAAUUUUAACAUUAUUUGUUUGAUAUAUAAUGCUGGGCAAAUGUACAUAUAGUACAUGGAAUUGUUGCUAUUAUUGCUUUGAUAAUUUUUAGUUUAACCACAUUGUUAUUUUCAAUGAUUUAUUAUGAAAUAAACUAUUUACCAUAAAAAUUGAAUUCAAAAAAAUAAAGUAUGUCAACAACGUUCUUAUUAUUAUAUGAAUUGGUUAUGGUAAUAUGUUACACUUUUAUGAAUGAUAAAAUAUAUGAAUAUGUUCAUAUUUUAAUAAUGUUAAUUGGUAGUUUUUUAUUAUUUUGGAUUUUUCAUGUUGAAAGACCUUAUAAUAAUCACUUAAUUUAGAAAUCAUAUUCAAUAUUAGUAACAUUUCAUUUAUGGGGAGUUUCUAUGCUUUGUUUUGCAAAAUAUUUAGAAGGUGUAUUAUUUUUUGGAGUUAUAUUUUCUUGGAUAGGAGGGUUACCUUUAAUUAUAAUAACUCUUAUUCGACCUUAGCAUGAAUAAUAUGAUAUUCUAAUGACUAAUUUAGCUACUUGUUAAUAACCUGAAUAAAUUUAUAAAUUGACUAAUUUUUUAUUGUAAUUAUAAUAAGAAAGUUAAAAUGAUCCAACAUAAGGAUUAGUUAUUGAUGGAUUCUUAGAUUAUCAUAAAAUAACUUGUAUUAGAGAUGAUUGUCAUUUAAAAUUAAAAGGAUUACCAAAUUAUAGAAGAAAUAAAAUUGGUCUUCAUGAAAGUAAUUUGUAAGAGAGAGAUAUAGAUUUAUCUAUUGUAUUAUACUAAAUUUAUUUAAAUUAAACAAAAAGGUUUUAAAAUUCAAUCAAAUUGAGAUUAAAAUUUUGUGUAUAUAUGUAUGAAAAAAUGAAAUAAAAAUAAAAUGCUUUAAUUGAACUUUAGGCUAUUGAAUAAAUGUUUCCUAAAUUUGAUGAACAAUUUAUUAUAUAUAGGUUUAAAAAAAUCAUAGAAGAAGAAUUAAAUUCUGGUGAUGGAUAUGGUAAUUUUGAUAUUGGAAAUGAAUUAUAAUUCUAAAAUAAUUAUAAAACAUUAUAAAGAUACAUAGAGAGAUCAUCAUUACUUCAUAUGGAUUUUUGGUCAUUAUUGUAAGAAGAUUAUCCUGAUUUAAGUAAAUUAAAUGACCUUGGAUAAAAAAUAAAUAAUUCCAUAGUUCAUAUAGAAGAUUUAUGGAAGAAGAUGUAAAAGUCUAGCAUAAAUUUAACAAAAGCACUUAGAAUAUAUAGUAAAUUCUAGAUUGAAGUUUUAUAAGAUAAGGAAUAAGGAGAAUAAUUACUAGAAAAAUCUAGAUUACUAUAAUAAUAACUUAAUUAAAAUAGAAAUAAAGCAACGACAUAAUUUAUGAAUGCAGAAGAUAUAGGAUUAGAAGCUUUACCAACAAUUGUUAUAGCAACAACUGUUGAUAAAUUUUCUUAAAUUAUAAAUCUUAAUAAAGCUUGUUGUAAUGUAUUAGCUUAUAAUAAAGCAGAAUUAUUGAAUAAAAAAGUUUCAUAAAUUAUGCCAAAUGUUUUCGCUAAGUUUCAUGAUAAAUAUGUUGAAAAAUUUAUGACUUUAAAUGUUUCAAAUCUAUUUAAUGUAGAUAGAUACAUUUUUGUUAAAUAAAAAUAUAAUUAUAUUCUACCAAGUUUUUUAAAUAUUAGAAUGCUUUCAUCUUUUGAUGAUACUACAUUUAUUAUAGGAUAAUUUAAAUUAAUUAAAUAAUUUAAACCAAUAUGUUAUUUAAUAACAGAUAAUGAAAAAAUAAUUGAAUCCAUAUCUGCUUCAUGUAUUACUUUAUUAGGUAUUGAUAAUAAAAUAAUUACUCAUAAUAAAAUCUAUAUGAAUGAUCUCUUUCCCUCAUUCUAAGAGUAAUUUAACUCAUUUUUUACUAAAUCAGGAGCAUUAAUUAAAUAUUAAAAUUCUCUUUAAUAAAUUAAAAGUCCUUCUCACUAAUAAUUAUCUGAAUAGCAAACCGAAAAAUAGAAAUCAGAUAAAUCUUCAUAAAUUUAUUAAUGUAAUGUAUCCGAAAUAAGAGAUUUUGAAAAACAACUUGUAGGCUAUACUAUUAAAUUAGAAUUAAUAUAAAAUGAAAAAUCAUAUGGAACUUAAUAAAAUAUGAGUUUAUUAGGAGAAAAAUAAUAAACUGAAUAAUUAGUUUAUAAUUAAUUGUAAUUUAAAUUCAUCCCUAAACUUAUGACAUAUUUAGCUGAACUUGGAAAUGAGGCAAAUUCUUAAAGAGUUGAUUAAUCUGUUAAUUGGGAUUAAUAAGAUCAAAGUUCUCAAUUAACUUCAAAUCUUGGAAUAGAAUAUCAAAAACCUUUAACCGAAAAAAGUGAUGAAUUAUAAAUAAUUUCACAAUGUUUAAAAUUGGAUGAUGGAAUUAAAACUUUGAGAUUAUUUGAAAAUAAAAUUUAAGAUAUUGAAGAUAAAGAAGAUAUCAUCUCUGAAGAUGAAGAAUCAGGAAGAUCAAGUGUUUUUCAAAAAAUUGAUAAUGAUUCAAUUGAAGUGGGUGCCAAUGAUAAUAUGAAUAUUUUUAGAUCAAAAACUAAUUUACUCUAAUUGAUAAAUAUUCAAUAAACUCCAAAAGUCAUUAAGAAACUUAAUUGGACUAUGAAUUUAGAAAUGCUUUCAAUUGUAACUUUAUCAUUUGUAGCUUUUUUUCUAACCAAAUAAUAAUACAAUAAAAUAAGUGAUUAAUUAUAUCUUGUUUAAUACGUAGGAAUAAGAAAUGCUGAAUUUUUCAAUUUAAUAGCUGCCAUCUAAAAUUUACAAAUGAAAUAAAUUGGUAUUUGGACAUUUACAUCCGAUAAUGAGAGUACCUCAUAUGAAAAAGAUUAAAGGACAAACAUAAAUAAUACAAUUAAUACAAUAAAUGAAAUUAAUACAAUUUUAACAUUAAAUAGUGAAAAUGAUAAUGCAUAACUAAAAGAAUUAUAUACAAAUAAUGUUGUAAAUAUGAGAGUUAGUGAAGGAGUAUUUUAAAAAUAUGAUUUAGUUUAAGCAAUGCAAUAAUUAUUAAGUAAAUCUCUAAUUAUAAGAGAUAAAUAGCUAGAAUUUAUGAAUCCUAAUGAUGAAGAUUUUAUAUUUUUGGUAUAUAAUCUUUUUAAUGAUUUUGCAAUUCAUUUAUAAAAUUCAACUUAACAGUAUAGCUUAGAUUUAGCCUAAAAAACUGCUGAUAAUAGAUAAGAAUUAAUUAGUAUUUUAGGAACAUCUUCAGGUAUUUUAGGAGUAUCAUUAUUAUUGUUAAUUUUCUUUUUAAUUUAAAUGGCUAGUGGAUUACAAGAAAUUUUAGUUCUUUUUUUAGAUAUUCCAGAUAAAACUAUAAAAUUCUUGUAUUCAAAAUGUGAAAAUUUCUUAUCAAAUAUUUAAAUAGGAGAAGAUGAUGAAAUGUUAUCAGAUUUUGAUGAACUUGAAAAAGAAGAAAGAGAGGAAUUGAAUAAAACUUUAAAAUAAAGAAGAAAAAAGAAAAAGUACAAAAAUUCUAAUAAAGAAUUGAGAAACCUAAUUUUGGUUACUUUAACUCUUACAAUAUUAUUUUAAAGCUAUUUCAUAAUAUUUUAUUUUUUGAGUAGUUAAAUGCUUACAAAUUUGAAUUAGAUGGUAUCUGAAAUUAAUUCAACAUCAUUUUGUGAAGGUUUUUAUAAAUUUGUUGAAGCAGCUGAAAGGCAUGUAUUUUUAAAUAAAGAUGUCCCAAUAACAAAUGUUGAUUCAUAUUAUCUACUUAAGUUUGGAAUCGAUGCACUAUAUUAGAUAGAUUCUUAUUUUCAUCAAGAACACUCUUUAAAUAUAGAUGUACUUAAUAGCAUAUAUAUAAAUGCUUUUUAGGAAAUUUUCAUGCUUUCACCUUGCAAAAUAUUUUCUUAAGAAAUGAAAACUGGAACUGAAGAUGAUUGUAUAUCUUUUGCUUCUGGGGCUAUUGAUUAAGGAAUGGCUGUAGGAUUAGCAAGAUUUAUAGAAAAUAUUAGAUUUUUAUUAACAAUUUAUGAAUAAUUUUAGGGUCAUCCUGAAAUUUCAUUCUCUAAUGCUGUAAGAGGAAAUGUGCUAUUUAAGAAUAUUACUUAGAAUGAUGAUAAUGUUACAAAUUAUAUUUAUAAUUUAAAUAAUUUUAAACAAGCCAAAGAAUUGAGAGUAAUGUAAAGUACUUAUUUAAAAGGUAAAAAUAAUAAUUAAUUUUAGCUACUUUUAGAUAUUUACUACUUAAAUUAAAGGAAGGAAUAAAUUCAGAUAUGUCUAAUUCUUAAACAUAGUUAUUAGCUUUGUUUAUAAUAUUUGAAGCAAUCUUGUUUAUUCUAUAUUUUGUUUUUUGGCUCCCUUUAACAAUUAAACUAAUUAGAGAUAUUCAAAAAACAAGAAUGAUGGUUAUGAUGAUACCAUUGAAAAUUAUUCUAAAAAUAAGAUCUAUAAAAUUAUACAUAAAAGAUGUAAUUUUAGAAAAAACAAUAGAAAAAUGA